AAGCGACCCAGAGUUGCCGAGUUGCUCUUUGUUCGAUCGAGUCGUUCAUCGAGCACCCUUCAGUCAGCUAGUGGUGUACUCGAAUAGCAUAUUAUAUCUCUGCAGAUCGAUAGCAUAUCGUAUACCAGCUGAACGAUCUACCAAUACCGUAACGCAGAAACGUCUUCGUAAUGUCUUCCCACACCCCUUACUCGGAACGCCAAAAAUGGUCAGACGUGGUCCCACUUCCCCAGAUGGAACCCGCCGACGGCCUAGUGCCUAUCAUGUAUUCCGAAGAAUAUUCUGACGCCAUGUCUUACUUUCGAGCGAUCGUGACGGAAAACGAGAAAUCAGCUCGGGUGCUCGAGUUGACGGAACACAUCAUUCGAUUAAACCCUGCACAUUAUACCGUCUGGCAAUACCGCUUUUCCACCCUUCUCAACCUUGAAUCGGACCUCCUCGCAGAACUUUCAUUGAUGAACGAGUUCGCCUCGCAAAAUCUCAAAUCAUACCAAGUCUGGCAUCACCGCCUGACUCUCCUCACCCACCUCAACCCGGACUUGGCGCUCUUGAAGAAAGAGAUCGCCUUCAUCCACGAGUCCCUGAUCCCCGAUGCCAAGAACUAUCAUACCUGGUCUUACUUGCACUGGGUGUAUACGAGGUUUUCUUCCCUAGGGGAUGAGAUGGGAGGGAACAGGUUUGCUGAAAAGGAUUGGGAGGCCGAGAGGGGUUGGUGUGAUGGCAUGUUGGACUCGGAGGGGGUGAUCGGAAAGGAAGAGGGUGACGAAGGGGAGGACGUCUUGGUCAAUGGGGAUGGCAGGAAUAACUCGGCUUGGGGGUGGAGGUGGUACUUGAUGGUGUCCAGGGAGGGUGUCAGGGGAAAGACCGACGUCCAGGCAGAGAUCGACUACACGUUGAAGCAGAUCGAACAGAUCCCUCACAACGCAUCAGCCUGGAACUACCUACGAGGCCUACACACCCACUUCGCCAUCCCUUUCUCCCAAACCUUCCCGCAGCUCGAGACAUACACCUCGACAACGGAAACCCGGGCAAAACCCGUCCCGUUCGCUAUCGAAUGGGAAUCUGACGCGUUGGCUCAGACAGGAUCCGAGGAGGAGGUCAAGCGAGCGGCGGGGUUGUUGUUGGACUUGGCCGACAAAUGGGAUGUUAUGCGUAGGACGUACUGGAGGUAUCGCAGGAACGAGCUGCUCAAACAGGUCAGAUCCUCCAAAGCUUCUGCCAAUGUCGAACAAGCCGAGAAGCGCACCGCUACGGCGACAGCCUGAUAAGAUGUGUGGGCUCGUGCUGUUGUAAUCCUUGUAGCAGACAAUGCGCGUUUGUAACACCGUGUGAGAUGGCGCAUGCGUAUUAUGUAUAUCUUCUUCCGCAA